AUGGCGUUUCCCCAAGAAAAAGAUGAAGCGGUAUCGGAUGCAUGGGAGAGAUUGAAGGACCUUCUUAGGAAGUGUCCUCACCACGGAAUCCCUCAUUGUAUUCAGUUGGAAACCUUUUAUAAUGAACUUUCUAGUGCCGCUAAGAUUAUUCUUGACGCAACGGCCGGUGGUGCUUUCACAGCUAAAACCUACAAUGAGGGGUAUGACAUUUUGGAACGAAUUUCUAAUAAUAAUACUGAAUGGUAUAACCCUCGUGCUGUCAUUUCUAAAUCUGCCUCGGUCAUUCAUGAGCUCGAUGCCAUUUCUUCUUUGAAUGCCCAAAUUGUUGCUUUGACUAAUUUGGUUAAAAAUAAUUUAAACUUGAAUGGGGAAAAGAAUCAAGUCCAAUCCAUAAUGUCUAAUUCUUCCAUGACUGAAUCUUGUGUUUUCUGUGGUGAAAGUCAUUCUUAUGAGUUUUACCCCGGAAACCCCAUUUCGGUAAACUAUGUUGGAAACCAUACAAGAAAUAACCCAUUUUCUCCAACGUACAAUUCAAGUUGGAGAAAUCAUCCGAAUUUUUCAUGGGCCGGAAAUCCGGGACUUCAACCCCCUGGGUCAACUCAAGUCCAAAACCGACCUUCGAAUCAUCCCCCAGGAUUUCAUCAAGGUGGUCAUCACAUGCAAGGUAAUCAUCACAUGUACCAAAGUGGACAAUCUUCACAAUCACAUGCRCCUAGGCAACAAAAUGCAUCGGAGGGUAAUGGUUCACUCGAAUCUUUACUUAAAGGUUUUAUAAACCAAACCAAUGCAACCUUGAGGAGUUUUGAGACCCAACUUGGCCAAUUUGCCAUGGAUCUCAAGAAUAGACCUCAAGGAAAUUUGCCUAGUGACAUGGAAAUACCUAAGGAACAUGUCAAGGUCGUGACUUUAAGAAGUGAUAAGGACUUAGGAGACUCUAAUGCCGAAAAGGAAAAACCCAUGGAGCCGAUUUGUCAAGAAAAUAUUUCACAUUCUUUUGACACAUCGAAAUUUCCAGUUUUGUUUUCUAUAGCUGAAGAAACUCAAAUUCCAGUUUCUGUUCCAGAAACAACAGCUUUGCCCAGUUCCAGCACCACCCAGUAUCUGCUUGGCACUCCUCACAGUGGGCAGAAACUGCCCACACCCCAACAAAAAAAGACCGGUCCAACAUAUUUAGAUCUAAGAGAUUUACCUUUUCCAGGUAGGAUGAAAGCCAAAAAUGUGGAUGUUCAAUUUAAGAAGUUUUUGGACAUCUUUAAGCAACUCCACAUUAACAUACCUUUGGUAGAAGCUCUCGAGCAAAUGCCUAGCUAUGUUAAAUUUUURAAAGACAUCCUCAAUAAAAAGAGAAGACUUAGUGAAUUUGAGACCGUGUCUUUGACAAAGGAAUGUAUUGCCCUUCUUACUUGCAAAAUUCCCCCAAAAUUAAAAGACCUGGGAAGUUUCACCAUCCCGUGCUCUAUUGGAGGGAAAGAGGUAGGUCAUGCCUUGUGUGACCUUGGGGCAAGUAUAAAUCUCAUGCCUUUGUCCAUUUUUAAUCAGUUGGGAAUUGGGGAAGUUCGACCUACUACCGUGACUUUGCAAUUAGCGGAUAGGUCCUUGGCAUAUCCGAAAGGUAAAUUUGAAGACAUCUUGGUUAAAGUGGACAAAUUCAUCUUUCCAGCUGACUUUCUAGUGUUAGAUUAUGAAGCCGAUAGGAAUGUUCCGAUCAUCUUAGGAAGACCCUUUCUUGCUACGGGUAUGACAUUGAUUGACGUACAAAAUGGUGAGUUGACCAUGAGAGUGAAUGACCAGCAGGUGACUUUCAAUGUGUUUAAGACUCUUAAGUUCAAUGGGGAGAUUGAAGACUGUUCGUCUAUUUACUCAGUAGGUGAAGAUUUAGAUCUAAGUUUGAUCAAUUGUGUCCACAGUGGAGACACUGUGGGCAUGGCAUAA